AUGUUCACGUACAACCACAUCACGGGGGCGAAGCUGUGCUACAUGCACGUGCCAGUGGAGGUGGACGCAUUCUCUGUUAGGGAAAAGCUCCAACAGGAGCAUCGCGAAGCGAAAGAAGAGAGGCAAAUGGCGUGGGAGGAUUACUUUGCAGCACAAUGGGGCAAGGCCGAGCGCGAGGCCACGACCAAGACCCAGCAGCGUCUGCAGCACCAAAUCGAGCAACUAUCCACGAUUACCGUAACGUCGCGCAACUUUGAGCUGUGGAACACGGCGAUCGAGCGCAAAUAUUACGAAUAUGUCUCGUACUCGUUGCAAGACCUGGCGAUUCGCGACACAUUGCUCACCAACGUGCACUACGGCCUCACCCCCCUCGCCCGAGCCUGCACAAUCAAGGACUACCGCCUCGUUCGAAUAUUGCUCGCGCACGGCGCCGACUCCACGGCCAAAACCCCGUCCAGCCCUUACGGGUACAUGCAAUCCGUCUUCCGCGCAUCCGUAGCCGACGUCCGCGUCUUUGAGCUCUUGGUGCAGUCCCUUCCCCCGUCCCCCGAACUCGAACUGCGGGGGCUAGACGACGACGGCCUCUCGCUGAUGCAUUUGGCCGCGCAAGGGGGCUUUGUAGAUGUCUUGGAAAGGCUGCUGGCGUUGCCCAUGACUCACGACCUCGUGGAUACAACCACCCCCAAGAACAGGUACACGGCACUGCACUAUGCUGUCGCUGGGGGGCACGUCGCGUGUGUGGUUCUGUUGCUGCGGCAUAUGGCGCCUUCGGUUGCCGCCGCGAUGACAUCGGACGGGCGCAAUGCCCUGCAUCUAGCUCUGCGGGUAGAAGGCUCGCACUUUCACCUGGAGCAGCUCGUGGAGAGUUUUGUCAGUGCCAAUUGCGACUCGUGUCUGUUUGAAGCCAUCGACCCAAACGGCGCGACUGCAUUACAUUUGGCGGUUGGUCAAAACCUCGAGCGGAUAGCCCUGCGCUUGAUUAACCUAGGGAAGACCCCCAUGAACGUGUGCACGAAAGGGGGGGUGGCGGCUCUUCACUUGGCCGUGAUGGUGGAAAAUAUGAUGCUGGUCCGGGCGUUGCAGCACCACAACGCUAUGAUCGACAUCAUGGACGACAACGGACAAACCCCCUUACUUACCGCGGCUCUUUUGAACCACACGGAAUGUAUUCGGCUGCUCCUGGAUUGUGGUGCGGACGCGGGGUGCCAGAAUAAGGAAGGCCACGCCCCGCUGCAUUAUUUGGCAUCGUAUUGCACGGACCCAGACACGUUUCAACUGUUUUUCACCAAAGACGUGGACGUCAAUGUGAAAAGUGCCAAGGGCAAUAUGCCUUUGCACUUUGCCGCCAUGAAAGGCAAUGAGGUGGCCGCGAAAAUUCUAGUGCAGCAUGGCGCGGACGUGUCGAUCUUGAACGAAGACAAGCGUAGUGUGAUCUUUCUCGCCAGGCAAUGGGGCCACCUUCAGCUGGAAGAGUACUUCAAGCUCGUCGUGAAAGACUUGGCUGAAGUGACGCCGCCAUCCUCGGACCACAACGACCAAGCAAUAGACGACAACAGCGGCGGCAGCCACCAUCGCAAAACCAAGGCCAUCGGGACCCGAGAACCGCUGAAAAACAAAAAGGCGGGGGUGACGCUGCCCAAAGUUCGCCCUGUCACUGCUGUAGACCCCACCAGUACGAGAGAGUAUGACACCGACGCCGAAUCGGACCCCUGUCGCCAUCCGUGGACGGCGAAAUCGCCGACUCGACAUGUCUGCAUGACGCCGUAUGUCAAGCGACAGCUGUUUGGCCGCGUGCGAGCCCCAAACAAACCCGCGGAUCUCACCGACGAAAUGGACGAGUUGUUCCUAUACAACCAGCCCCCCAAACCUGCCCCCGAGCACCCCCAAGCCAAACACAUGCUGCGACGGUGUAAAACUGGUGUCAACAUCCCGUGGCUGGCAACAUUGCCGUUGGCAUCUGACACGUUGGAACGACGGUUAAAGCCGUCGACCCAGCACCAGCUCAAUGGCUCGAACCAUGUGAAGAGCAUGCCUGAAUUACGAGCCGAGUUUCAAUUCGCACGGAGGUUGGUGUGGCAAGAGAGCGCCGUGACGCGACGGUCGCGGCACGCCCUUCGAAGCCCCACGAUACGUCACGCCCCCUCGUCGUUCGUCGCUGUCAUGACCCAGAAAGUAUUUCACAACACGUGAAAUAAUUCUAUUUCCAUCAUAGUUUUAUCGUUAUGGUUGGUCGUCGUUUAACGAGCUGCCUUUGGCGACGAGAACCACGCGGCCACGCUGAGCCGUGGCUGCCACCACGUCCAACUUGUCUUGCUGGGAUUUAUCCCACUGCAGUGUACACCGAGGGUCGCCGCGAGUUGUGCGCAGCUUGUGCAGCGCUUUGAGCUCGUGGACGCCGGGACAACACACCACCAGCAGCAGCGACUGCGGUGGAAGGUCCGCGGCGAUGUCGCGCACGAGCUCGGAUGCUUUGGCCGGACACGCUGCUUGGCCCCAUGUGAAUGUCGGCGGACAUCCGGUGGUCAGUUGGUGCCCGACGUGGUGGAACACAGUGUCGGGAGAGGUGCACGGAAUGGCGGCGGCGGUGCCCCCUGCGAGCGUGCGGCAUGCGGCGGCAGUGUCGAUGAUGAGAGCCGACUUCUUACGAUGGGCCAGUUCUGUGAGUAGUUUGCGGGGAUGGUUAUCUUGGGCGAUGAUGGACGGAAACAGCGGGCCACGCUUGACCUUGAGCUAGGUUGUGGUGAGUUUAUAGGACCAAGAGAUUUAUUUCU